AUGGACAGCUCAGACCACGCCAUGCCUGGUCCUCCAGAUGCCCCAGACAACAACAUUCAAGUGUCGAGAAAGUCUAGCCGAAGCAAGAAAUCUGUGCCUGCUGCGCAAGACUCGGGACCUGCUCAGACCCUUGCCUCGCGGAGGCCCAGGCGAUCUGCCAACAACCCUGACGACCCCGACACCACCAUGAGCGGAACAGAGGAAAACGUCGAGCCUGGCCCUCCCCCACCCCCGCCUCCCGUCGAAAGCCCGGCCGAUGACGACAGUGAGGAUCAUGAUGACGACGACGAGGGCGUCGAAGAACGUGGCCGAUACGAUGGGAAUGAUGAAGAUGACGACCCAUUCGGCGGGUUUGGUGGCCCUGGAUCGGGCUUGUCCAAUACCCUGCGGGCCUUGACGGGCAUGAUGUCAGGACUCUCUGGCCGACUUCGGGAGCUCCUCAACAACAUCCGACAAGACGACCUUUCACUCCAAGUCAUUGCUCUUCAGGAACUAUCCGAGAUCCUCUUGGUGUCCAACGAAGAUAACCUCUCGGGACACUUUUCGCCCGAUGCAUUUGUAAAGGAGCUGGUGCUUCUGAUGAACAAGGAAGAGAGCCCGGAGGUCAUGCUCUUGGCCUGUCGUUGCCUGGCAAACCUGAUGGAGGCCUUGCCGGCGAGCGUGGCCAACGUUGUCUAUGGGAACGCGGUCCCUGUCCUUUGCCAGAAGCUCCUCGAGAUUUCCUUCAUCGACCUGGCCGAGCAAGCCCUCAGCACCCUCGAGAAGAUUUCCGCCGAGUACCCGUCGAGCAUUGUCCGCGAGGGAGGACUUACGGCUUGCCUGUCAUACCUCGACUUCUUCGCCACGAGCACCCAGCGAACCGCAGUCACCACGGCGGCCAACUGUUGUCGCAAUAUUCCAGACGACUCUUUUCCCGUUGUCAAGGAGGUCAUGCCCAUUCUCCUCAACGUCCUCGGUAGCAGCGAUCAACGUGUCGUUGAGCAGGCCUCCCUUUGCGUCUCCGGCAUCGUCGAAAGCUUCAAGUACCAGUCUGCGAAGCUCGAAGAGCUGGUGAGCGUGGAUCUACUGCGCGUGGUCCUGAGGCUUCUGGUCCCGGGCACCACCAACCUAAUUGGGUCCAACAUUCACACCCAGUUUCUCCGCGUCUUGGCGUUCACGGCACGUGCUAGCCCGCGACUCUCCGCCGAGCUCUUCAAACUUAACGUUGUCGAGACACUCUACCAAAUCCUGACAGGCGUGUCUCCGCCAAGCGGCACCGACGAUGUGGCUUCGAAGCUGGACAGCGUUAUUGUGAUGCAGGCUCUCAUCCACCGACCUAGAGAACAGAUUGUGGAAACUCUCAACGUCAUUUGCGAGCUGCUGCCGAGUUUGCCACGCAACGCAGACCCGGCUUUCGGAGAUUUCAUCGAGCUUCAUUCUUCGACCGAACCGAUAACCCCAUCUUCCGUGGGCGGCAGGAGCCGGCGGACUCCCAACGAUAAGCGGCUCGAGCUUCUGGAGGAUUGCAAGGAAGAGGUCCGCCGCUUUGCGUUGAUCAUAUUCCCGACCUUGACCGAUGCCUUUUCCAGCACGGUCAAUCUCAGCGUUCGUCAGAAGGUCCUGACUGCACAGCUCAAGAUGCUCUCCAACCUUGACGAGGGCAUACUUGCAGAGGCUCUGACCCCGGUCCCGUAUGCUUCAUUCUUGGCAUCGAUCCUCUCGCAGCGGGACCAUCCCUCUCUGGUGAUGUUGGGUCUUCAGGCCACUGAGCUUCUAUCGAGCCGUUUGGACAAUAUCUAUCGUUAUCAGCUGUAUCGCGAGGGCGUGAUUUACGAAAUCAACAAGCUUGCCACGGAAGAGGAGUCGUCCGACUCGGCUCAGCAGCCUGCGAAUGAACCAGGUGACAGUCUUGCCAAGGCACGCAGAGGUUCCGGCGGGGGUAACGACCACGCGUCGGAUUGCGACUCGGUUGAUGAUGACGAAGGGAACGAGAACAACGAUAACGGUGAAGGCGAAGGGCAUGAUACCUCGGCCGAGGACGACGACGAUGAGGAAGAUGAAGAGGAUGACGACGAGGAACACGGGGAUCACGAUCAUGAGCCGAUCCCCGGCGAUAUGUCUCCCGCGAGCUCCCGAGGAUCCACCAUGUCGCUUGACAUGCCCCCUCAUCGGUACGCAUCCGACAUCCGGUCCAUGAAGUCUCGCAUUCGCGAUGUUGCCAAGAGGUUCCUCGACACUCAUGAAAGUGAGGGCCAUGGCCAGGCCAUGAAGGCCAAAGCCGCCGCCAUUCUUGGCGACCUCUCCGAUCUGGCCGGAGAGCUGGACGCUUUUUACCUGAAGCGAACUUCGGGCGAUCUUUCAGCUCAAAAGGGCAAAGGCCUGUUCUACAAGUUGGCUGCUUACUUUGACACCGACGUGCUGGAGAGCGUCACCAGCGCCGAGCUGCUCGCAUCGGGCCUUGUGCGUACCCUUCUCGACGUGUUCAGUAAUCCAGACGAAGAGCUCGCGCGCGCAGCACAGUCGACGUUCUUGGAAGUCUUCAUGGGCCGUGCGCUCAAGUCCAGACCCAAGACCACCACGGCAGAGUCGCCAGCGACUCCGUUUAGCGUGAUGAUACACAAACUGCAGGACUUGCUCAGUAGGUCGGAGCAUUUCGAAGUUAUCACUGUGCAUCACAACACAUUUGAUGGGAACCGGAGCAGCCCCGCCUCAAUGCUCGGCAAGCAGAUUCGGCUUCGACUGGUUGCAGACGACGAGUCCAACAUCCCUCGGCCGUACAGAAACAUCAUGGUGUCCAUCCAUGCGAUUGCAACGUUCAAGUCUUUGGACGACUACCUCCGCCCCCGUAUCAGCUUGGCAGAACGCCCCCAUGGCUCGCGACGGGACGGACUUGCCAGAGCAUUUGCGGCGAUAUCCGGCGCGGGAGGAGGUCCACCCCCCCCCCCUCCUCCGCCGCCCCCUCCGGCGGCCUCGACGCCUUCUGGAUCUAGAUAUUCCCGGAGAUCGAAGAGCAGGAGCUUCUCGCAGUCGAACGACGCCUCGACGUCAGAACAGGCCGCAGACGAUGUGCCCCAAAACACCCUGGAGUGUGCUGAUGAGAGGCAGCUGUCGGACGAAGAGGAAGAUGAAGACGACAGCGGCGCCCUGGAUGCCAUAGUUGGCGAGCUGGAUGAGGAUAUGGCCCAAGACACCUCGGCACCUGAGCCAUCUGCUGUCAAUCUCGAAGUCGCCACUGGCGGAAGCAGCCUGGCUACCCGCAGCAGCGACCCGUCAGUCUCCGGGUCUGCGCGGGGCACUCCGACACCCUCAGCCACUGCGGCAAGGCCGCCGCAGCCGCCAAUGUCCUACGCUUCGGCCCUCCAGGCUGUACCCCAGGACUGGCACAUCGAGUUCAGUCUCGACAGCAGGGUUAUUCCGAACGAGACGACCAUUUAUCGCGCCGUGCACACCUCGACCGCGACCAACUCGGACGACCUGUUGAGCCGAAGCAUCUGGUCUGCCACUCAUCCGAUCAAGUUUAGGCGAGUACCCGGGCCACCGCCGGCGGAAUCGCAGGCGUUUGGGUCCAAUUUUGAAGCUGAGGCGGACGCCGAGAGCGGAAUACCUGCCUCGCUUGCCAAGUACCCGACGACGGCCUCUAUCCUGCACCUCUUGAACAUUCUCCACGAGCUCAACGCCAACAUCGAGGACAUUUUGGUGGAGAACGGGACCGGCGCCAUCAGCGUCAACGUCGAGCCGCCGUCUCAGUUUGUCAAUACAAAACUCACUGCCAAGCUGAACCGCCAGCUCGAAGAGCCUCUUAUCGUGGCCAGCAGCUGCCUGCCGAGCUGGUCCGAAGAUCUCGCCCGCCUUUAUCCCUUCCUUUUUCCGUUUGAAACUCGGCAUCUCUUCCUCCAGUCAACAUCGUUUGGAUAUGCCCGAUCGAUGGCAAGGUGGCAGAAUGCUCAGUCGGCGGACGAAAACCGCCGGGACCGCAACAACGACCGGCCGUUCCUCGGGCGCCUCCAGCGGCAGAAGGUGCGGAUCUCGCGACUCAAGAUUCUCGAAUCGGCUCUCAAGGUCAUGGAUUUGUACGGAGCGUCCCAAAGCAUCCUGGAAGUUGAGUACUUUGAAGAGGUGGGCACCGGGCUGGGGCCGACCCUGGAGUUCUACUCGACAGUGUCUCAAGAAUUCUCCAAGAAGAAGCUCAAGCUCUGGCGCGAGGUGGACUCCAUGGGAGCAGACGAGUUUGUCUUCGGCCAGACUGGGCUCUUCCCACGUCCCCUCAGUCAGGAGGAAGUCGGCUCGCCCAACGGGGAACGCAUUCUUCAUCUCUUCAAGAUGCUCGGCAAGUUUGUGGCACGAUCCAUGAUUGACUCUCGCAUCAUCGAUAUACACUUCAACCCCAUCUUUUUCCGGAUUGGAGAUGGACCCUCCACCGGCGUCAAGCCCUCUCUGGGCGCCGUGAAAAUGGUUGAUCCAGGCCUGGCGCGCUCGUUGAAAAAAGUCGCCGACACGACAGACCUCGUCGUGGAUAACGUCAGACUCGAGGAUCUCUGUUUGGACUUUACCCUGCCCGGCUACCCGAGCAUUGAACUGGGGGUCAACGGAUCCCACAAGCGAGUGACGAUGGAGAAUGUGGACUCUUACCUCGACGACGUCAUUGACAUGACCCUUGGGUCGGGCGUGCGCCAUCAAGUGGAUGCCUUCCGAGCGGGAUUUUCACAAGUCUUUCCGUACUCGGCCCUCAGCGCCUUCACGCCCGAUGAGCUGGUCAGCUUGUUUGGCAAGGUCAACGAGGACUGGUCUCUGGAGACUCUCACCGACUCCAUCAAGGCUGAUCAUGGCUACAACAUGGAUAGCCGAAGCGUGAGGAACCUGUUGCAGUCGAUGAGUGAGUUCGACGCACAGCAGCGGCGCGAGUUUCUGCAGUUCACUACCGGUAGCCCAAAGCUUCCCAUUGGAGGCUUUAGGAGCUUGACUCCCAUGUUCACCGUGGUGUGCAAGCCCAGCGAGGCGCCCUACACGUCUGAUGACUACCUCCCCAGUGUCAUGACGUGUGUGAACUACUUGAAAUUGCCCGACUACACUACCGUCGGCAUUAUGAAGAAGCAGCUGUUCACGGCGAUGAAGGAGGGUCAAGGGGCCUUCCACCUGUCGUGA